AUGAAUUAUACCAUAAUAUGUCUCAAAGACGAUGGUCUUGAUCCAUCUUACUACGUCUCUGCACCUGAAAUGUUUAACGAUUCUCUAUACAAAAGUAGUGGGGUAGAACUUAAACUCAUGACAGAUAUAGAUGAGUAUCUGAUAGUUGAAAAUGGAAUCUGUGGAGGAAUGACAAUGGCAUGUCAUAGAUAUGCCAAAGCAAAUAAUCUGCAAUGUCCAAACUAUAA